CGAGAAGGGCCAGGGCCGGUGCCGCCUGCGGCUGCUGGACAUCACGGGUCUGCGCCGCAACGCCGAGGACGGCCCGGAGGGGAUGAGCCUGUGGUUCAGCACGGUGGCGUUGGCCAAAGCCUGCGUCGAGGUCUCCAAAGCCCAAAACGAGUGCUUGAAACGCGCUUCCAAGCGGCGGAAAGGUCCCUCGGGCGCCUCGGCGGCUCCGCCGCUCGUCGGCGUGGAGGUGCGCGCCGACCUCUUCGUCAACGGCACCUCCUACGGCGUCUUGUGGGACGCCCUGCAGAGCUGCGCCGCCGGCCCCCUGCGCCUCAAGUGCCGCGAUUUCCGCACCGAGGAGCUUUCCAUCGCCAGCAACGUGGAUCUGUUGGAGUCCCUGGAUCCCGCCGGCGUGCGGCGAGUGGACCUGCGCUUCAACAACCUGGGGCUGGCCGGGCUCUGCGCCGUUUUGCCGCACCUCGCCCGAUUCCCCAACCUCGUCAGCCUCUGGCUGCCUUACUGGCUGCCUUACAGCAACGUCGACGUCCGGCGAGUGGCGCCGGAGACGGAUUCGGGUCUCCAGAGCCUGGCCUCGCUGCUGGGGAAGCUGCCCAGCCUCAGGGAGCUCAACUUUGGUUCCUCCAGGCUUUCGGGGAGACUCAGGCAACUGCUUGGGGAGCUGCAGAACCCCUUGGAAAGCCUGGAGCUGGCUUUUUGCUACCUCCUUCCCUGCGACCUCGCCUUCCUUUCCCAAAGCCUCCACACUCCGGCGCUGAGGAAACUGGAUCUGAGCGGUCACGACUUCUCCGAAAAUCUCUUCCAACCCCUCCGGAAUCUCCUGGAGGAGAUCUCAGCCUCGCUCCUCCACCUGGACCUCAUGGAGGGCCGGCUGUCGGACGCCCAUUUGCAAGCCCUGCUGCCGGUGCUCGGCCGCUGCUCCCGCCUCCGCUACCUCGGCCUUUUUGGCAACCCCUUCUCCACGCCGGGCCUCAAGAACUUGGUGGAGAAAACGGCGCCGUUGCCGGAUUUACGCCUGGUCGUCUACCCCUACCCUGUGGAUUGCUACACCCGCGAGCUGCACCCGUCGCCCGCCGUUUUCGGGCAGGUCUUGCAGGACAUCGUGGAUCCCGAACGGUUCGCCGCCUUGAGCGCCGAGCUGGACCAGAUGCUGGUGAGCUCCGGCAGAGCCCACGUCACCUGGACCACCAACCCUUACCAGCACAACAGCGACUACUUCGCCCUGUAG